AUGACUAAUUGGAGAAAAACAAUGGAAGUAUUUAAUACGCAUGUUGGUGGUGUAGCUAGUGCUCACAAUGAUGCGAGAACACAACUUGAGGCUUUUAAAAAUCAACGACAAAGUGUGUCACAUUUGCUACAAGCACAAGGGCGUGAAAUGGAGGUUGCAUAUCGCACUCCAUUAACGACAACUUUAGAUGUUACACGCUUUCUUUUGAAACAAGGUUUGUCUUUCCGUGGACAUGACGAGUCAUUGAAUUCUUCAAAUAAAGGUAACUUUCUUGAAUUGAUUGAGUGGUAUACCCAAAGAAAUGAUGAGGUUGCCAAGACCAUGAAUGAAAAUGCCCCUGGAAACAAUCAAAUGAAGUCUCCAACAGUUCAAAAGGAUUUAACACGAGCUUGUGCUGCUGAAGUCACAAAUGUCAUUCUUAAUGAUAUAAAAGACAAUAUAUUUUCUCUUAUGGUUGAUGAGUGUCGAGAUAUUUCAGUCAAAGAACAAAUGGGAGUUGAUUUAAGAUACGUGAACAAACAUGGAUGUGUUAUUGAAAGAUUUCUUGCUAUUGUACAUGUGUCUUACACUUCUGCUAUUUCUUUAAAGAAGGUUAUUGAUGAAUUGUUUGCAAAACAUAAGUUGUCAUUAUCAAGAUUGAGAGGUCAAGGAUACGAUGGAGCUUCAAAUAUGCGAGGUGAGUAUAAUGGAUUGAAGGCUCUUAUAUUGAAGGAAAAUUCAUCUGCAAGGUAUGUCCAUUGUUUUGCUCACCAACUUCAACUAGUUGUUGUUGCAGUUGCUAAAAGUAAUCGAAUUGUGAAUGAUUUCUUCCAAUAUGUUACUAUGAUUGAGAAUAUUACUGGUGCUUCAUGCAAAAGAAAAGAUAAGUUUAGACAACUUAAACAUGAUAGACUUGUAGAAUGUUUGGAGAAAGGAGAUAUUGUUAGUGGCAAAGGAAAAAAUCAGAAAAUCGGUUUAAAACGACCAGGGGAUACUCGUUGGGGUUCACAUUACAUGACUAUUAUCCGUUUGAUGUCUACGUGGACUUCUGUUUUACAAGUGCUUGAAAAUGUGUAUGAUGAUGGUAUUAAUGAUGAUAAUAGUAGUAUCGCCACCAGUUUAAUUGAUAAGAUGGAGAGUUAUGAAUUUGUGUUUGUGAUGCAUUUAAUGAAAUCUUUAUUGGGAAUCACAAAUGAAUUGUCACUUACCUUACAACAAAAGAAUCAAAACAUUGUACUGGCUGUAUCGCCACCAUUAAAUGGAAAGGUCAUCCAAAUUAAUUUGUCCUUCAGCCCUUCUCAAUGGACGGGGCGUGAUUUGAGAAUUUCUCAAAAUCUGAUCGGUCAAUUCCUUUCAUUGAAGGUGGAUGUUGAUGAGUAG